AUGGAUACGAUUGAGGAACUACAGACAAUUUUUGAGCAAGAUUAUUCUGAUUUCUAUGAUAACGAAUGGAGUAAACAGGACGAUUGGUUAUUUCUUAAUGGUACUUUUCAGAAAAGUACUUAUGAUUUAAUUCCUGAUGAAGAUUUUAGACAAAAAUCACUAGAUGCCGACCAAAUCAGCGAACCAAUAACUGUAAUAACUGAUUAUUCUGACGAAUCUGAAGCUUCGCUCGGAUUAAAAUUGAUCGAACCGAUUAAAAUUGGUUCAGAUUCAGACGACAUUAGUUUAAGUGAUUCUGUACUGAGUUUGUCAAAUCUUUCAAUUUCAUAUCCUAUACCUGACGAUUUAGGAUUAGAAGCAGCAUUUUGGAUUCUAUAUCCCGAUCCACCUAAUUAUAAAUGCGAUGGAGUUGAUAAAUUUUUUGAUUAUGUGAAAAUCCUUAAUUUAGCUCCCAUAUCUAGUUUAAGACAGCAACUAAAAAGCGAUCGAGUGAUUUUGAAAUUUUACGGAAUUCAUCCAGAUGUAGUUCAAGUAUUGGGCGAAGCUUUACUCUUCAAUACCACCGUCAAAAUUCUAGAUCUAGAGGAAAAUUCUCUCACGCCAAGUUCAUGCUACCACUUGAACAAGUUGCUAUUGCGUAGCACAGUUUUGAAUUCGCUGAAUUUGACUGCUUGUAAGAUCGGCUUAGAAGGUGCAAUGAAACUUGAAGACGGCAUUGCUCUUUCGUCAGCAUUAAGAGAACUCAAUUUGAGUAGAUGCAAUCUUAGGAACGAGGGCUUUUAUUAUGUAGCGAAAUCAGUUGCAGCCAACACUUUGAUAAAGAAACUCGAUAUUUCGGAUAAUAAUCUUGACGAGGAAUCAGCAGCUUAUUUGCAAAAAAUACUUAUUUCAACGGAAUCUCUCGAAUAUUUGAAUAUUAGUUGGAAUGAUUUUUACACUAAAGCGGCAAUUGAACAAGUGUUUGGAGGUUUAUCUAAAAAUUCAAGUCUUGUCGAACUUAAUAUGUCCUGGAAUGCUAUGGGAAAAAAUGGCAUUUAUAAUAUUAAAAAUUAUAUUACGUAUACAAAGAAUCUUAAGUACUUGAAUCUCUCAGGAAACCGUUUUACUGACUUUGAAGCUCAAAAAAUUGCUUAUGCUGUAUUAAAAAAUCGAUCUCUAUUAGAAUUUCGAUUUGACAAAAAUCCAUUAAGCUCUGAAGCAGUUGCGGGAUUCAUUAGAACUUUAUCUAGAGAUGAAUUCAUUUAUCAAAGCCCAUUAAGAUUAUUAGACUUGGGAAGUUUUUGGUCGGCAAAAAAUGGACUUCCAGCAAUUGAGCAGCUGAGAGAAUUUAAACCAAAUUUAGCUAUUAAUUUAAGUGGAAUUUUGGAAAAUUUCAAUAUUCUAGGACCAGAUUUAAAAGCAUUAUUUUUUAAAACUGCUAAUUACGAAGCAAUGAGUUGUAAAAUAAAAAAAGAUCGCAAAAACUUUGGACACUUUGUAUUAUCACUUGAAGAUUCAAGGAUAAGCAAAGAUAAAUUUAAGGAAUUGGUGGAAUAUGCUAAAAUACCAAUAACUGAAAGUUUAGUCAAGGAAAUUAUGAAUCAAUUUCUAGUAACUAAAAAGUUUCUUGAUCAAGCAGCAUUAAAAGAAUCAUAUUUGUCAUACUUUCCUGACACAGAAUUACCAAAACCCAAAUCAGUUGUAGUUGUUGCUAAUAAAAAAGAUAAGAAGAAUAAGGAAGGAUAA